CACGAACGACGAGCGGCUGUCGCAGUCUUUGAAGAUCAGCUCGAUGGUUCGGAAGAUCGGUUUGCGAAUGGAUUAAUUUUUUUCGAACAUUAUAACUCGUGACCAACGACCAAAGUGAUCGUUAGUUUCGUUCUGUGAACCGGGUCAGCAACAGUUGAUCGUGGAUAACGUGGAGAAUUAUGACGAUAUUCAGUGAUAAUUACAAAAGUUCCAAUUUCUGAGAAGAACUCAUAAUUAAACUAUAUUCAAACGAAACUGAUAAGGGAAACGGCACUGCCAGAAAGGAAGAAAUGGAAAUAACAAACACUACGGGAAUAUUGUUGCAGACAAUGUUGUUUAUGGCUAACCAUGAAUGGAACAACAGCUUGUACAAUGCGAUCCUCAAUGUCACCACGAACGUUAAUAACAUAACGUUAUCUUCCGAGAAUACCCGCUGCUACGGAGUUUAUGGUUGUUUCCCGCUGACCUAUCCGUGGGUAGAUGAAAAACGACCGCUGGCAUGGCAUCCGCGAUCACCGGCCCAGUUGGACGUUAGAUUCCCAGUUUUCAAUAAACCAGUUCGUGAGCAUCCUCAGUUCAUCGACAUCAACGAUCCGGAUGCCGUUCGAUCUCUAGGGAUCAACCCAAACGGUCGGAUUUAUUUCGUUACUCACGGGUACAUAGAAUCUGGUGAUAGACCUUGGAUUCAGAAUUUCGUUAACACAUUUCUGGACAAUGACCCGGAUGGUACGGCAACCGUUGUGGUUAUCGAUUGGCGCAAAGGUUCCGUGCCUCCGUACACUCAAUGUGUGGCUGAUAUCCGGCUGAUAGGUGCGAUCGCGGCUCACGUGAUUCAUAUGCUCUAUCAGGAGUUGGGAAUGCGAAACCUGGACAAGGUGCAUGUUCUUGGACAUUCGUUGGGGGCACACGUGUGUGGUUAUGUUGGAUACUAUUUGCAAAGGGAUUUCGGACUUAAGUUGGGCCGCAUCACCGGAAUGGACCCAGCGGAGCCCAUGUUUUCGGAUACGGAUCCGAUCGUACGUCUGGAUUCUUCUGAUGCCAAGUUCGUGGAUAUCAUUCAUACGGACUCUACUCCUUGGGUGGAACGCUGGCCACGACCCGGUGGUUUGGGAAUGUAUCAAGCGAUUGGGCAUGUUGAUUUCUAUCCGAACGGAGGAAGCAAUCAAGCCGGCUGCAACGAUCCGAUGGAAAAGUUUAUCCACAAGCACGAAGAUUCGUUCUUCUGGGGCUUCCAGGAGUUUUUCGGCUGCAACCAUUUGCGGUGUCACCAGCUGUACACGGACUCUAUCCCGCAGCGUUGCCCAUGGGUGGCCAUCGGAUGUGAAUCGUGGGAACAGUUUUUGGCCGGAGACUGCUUCGAAUGUGACGUGGAUGGUCAUUACUGUAUCGAUUUUGGCCCAAAUGCGCAGGGAAGUUACAAGAGGUUGAUCGAGAACGGCGUGAUGGUACAACCUCGACCGAUUCGUGCCUACAUGAUCACCGGAGAUGAUGCGCCAUACUGUCGAACACACUACAAAGUGACAUUGGCUCUAUCGGAAAGCGACGAAAGUCUAAUCCAUGGAGGAGAGAUCGGUAAAAUGGCUCUGGAUAUGUUUGGCCACGAGAGGCAACGGUCGGACCGAAUGGAGUUUACCAAGGAACCAAUCUACUUUGAGCCGGGUCAAAACUACUCUGCCGUCAUGGCCGGAAAGGAUGUUGGCAUGCCGAAAAAGGCAUUUCUUAGCUGGGAGUACAAGACGAACCCGCUGAAUCCGCUCACGUGGCGACUGUUGGCGGCACCGAGAGUUUACGUCGCGUACAUGAUCGUGCAGACCCUGGAGCACCGAUCGUGGCAGAAGCUGUGCCCCCUGCAGAACGCACCGGUUCAUGCCGAUCGAGAUAACGAAUUUCGGGAGGAGUACUGUAAUGAUUAAGGUUUAAUUGGAUCGGAAUAAAGUUACGUAUUAGUUUUAAAUUGUAGAUAA